AUGCCGCCAAGAGGUAGAGGACGUGGAAGGGGUGUUCCACUCAACCCACCCGCCACCAUUGAACAGCUACUAGCAGUCCAGACGCAGCUCAUGGAAGCCCUGGUGAACAACCAACAGAAUCAUCCAAUCGGAGGAGCACCACCGCGUGAUAAGCGGGGUGAAUUUUUGAAAGGUCAUCCCCCUGUGUUCACACAUGCUACUGACCCACUGGAGGCAGAUGACUGGCUUCGAGCAGUGGAGAAGCAACUCAACAUAGCACAGUGUGAUGAUAGGCAGAAGGUGUUGUUCGCAUCUGGACAACUUCAGGGAGAAGCUCAGACAUGGUGGGAGUCGUUUGAGUAUGGACGACCUCCCAAUGCACCUGCUAUCACAUGGCUAGAGUUCAAGGAGAACUUUAGGUCCUAUCACAUACCUGAAGGGUUAAUAGAACUGAAGGCUGAGGAGUUCCGGAAUUUGAAGCAGGGGUCUAUGACAGUUCCAGAGUAUAGGGACAAGUUUGCUCAGUUGUCGCGCUAUGCUCCCAGUGAGGUGGCUAAUGAUGCUGAUAAACAGCGCCUCUUUUUGAAGGGAUUGUAUGAUGGGCUCCAACUCCAGCUGAUGUCCAAUGAAUACCCCAACUAUCAGACGCUUGUGAACCGUGCUAUCGUGGUGGAUAACAAGCGUAAGGAGAUGGAUGCUAAAAGAAAGAGGAUGCAGGGACAGGCCUCCGGAAGUAAUACUCGUCCACGCACCAACCAGCAGCAAGGUUCUCAGCAAAGGUACCAAGGACCACCUUCACAGUGGAAUCGUGGUCAGUACCCCCAGCGCAAUCAGUUCCAGCAGCGCCGCAGUAUCAGCAGAAUCAGCAGCAGGGCAAUCAGCAGACGUCACGCCAGGGUACGCCCAGUAACACUCCGAUGA